AUGAUCGUAAAGGCCAUAAACUGCGAGGAUUUGUACAUAGAUGAUCACUUCGGCAGCAUAGACGAUCUCAAAAAUCUUAUUAAAAAGAAGUACGGAAUCGCUACAGAAUCCCAAUGCAUAGUGCCAAACAGAAAAUCAUACAUACUUGGCAUAUUCGACAAUAUUCAUGUUGAAGUACAGGACGGCAUUGCACAGCAAAAUCCAUUUGCACACUUUGGAUGUCCUGACACAGUAUUCAAUACCUUGAGAGCCAAAGGCAUGAGCAAUGAAGACAUAAAAAAACACAUAUUUCCUCAUAAAGAAGACAUCAACUCAGGAGACAAUAUGCCGGUCUGUGUCACUGACAUCGGAAAGUUCCUUCAAACCACACUCGAGCUAAACACAUCUGGCCAUUCCAAUAUAAAAAACAUAACAAAAUCAAUUGACGAGGAAGUAAAAAAGCUAAUCAUUGAAAACACUAAGCAAUACAUACAUUUGUUGAUCAGCUCUUCAGAAACAGGUACAUCAUGA